GUGCUGCGGCGGCGGGACGGGGCAUGUCGAGGUGUGUGUGACAGCGUGAGUGAGCCUGUGUGUGCAUUAAAGAAGAAAAAGCAAAAGAGAGAAAGUUUGACUGUGUGUUUGCGUAGCUGCGUGAUGGAGAGGGGUCCUAACAGACAGCAGAACAGCCUCCUCUGCCUCGCUCGUCAAUCGCUCUCCCUGAGUGUCCCGAAGAAAGAGGUGGUGCAUUCCAAAAGCCUGGAGACCGUUCCCCUCUUUCAGGCAGUGGCCCAGUGAGUGACAGAGAAAUUAGAAUAAGAAUAGCUGCCCAUUCACCCUCUGCACCAGUGACGAGCUGGAGGGAGCGAGGGGAGGCGACGCAGAGGGAGGAGAGGAAUGAAGGGGUCCCGUACGGCACCCUGUGCUCCCAUUGGCCAGCGGCGUUCCCUCUGUUUUUACAUCGCUGCCAUCAGUUAUGCUCUGAAGUUUGUUUUACACAUUCUGGGGCACAUACACGGCACACAUGUUCAUGCAUGCGUAAAUGUCUACACGCCGGGGUCCAGAGUCUGCACACGUGCACUGGUAGCCAGGAGACUGGACACAGUGAAGAGAAAGUGGACUACAGUGACACGCAGGGAGAGGUUCUGACCACGUUGGGCACAGUGAGGUGACCCGGGGCUGUUAACGUGUUGCGGGUUGAGGAUUAAAACGAGACCCUAUGCUGUCACCACUCCUACGGAGUUACAGCUUGAUGUCCAUCCGUUUAGCCAUCCAGAUGCCUAUCAUGGCUUUGCACUUAAGCCUUCUGAUGCUGGCUCUGAGGGCAGUUGGUCAGGAGCUCCCAUCGAGCCCUCAUGGCUGCACUGAGGGAAGCUGUUAUCCUGCAACAGGAAACCUUUUGAUUGGACGGGCUAUCAACCUGACCGCCACCUCCACGUGCGGUCUGGACAGACCGGAGCAGUUCUGCAUUGUCAGCCACCUGCAGGAACAGGACAAGUGUUUUGAGUGUGACUCGCGCCAGCCGUACGAUCCCUACCGCCACAGAAACAGCCACCGUAUUGAAAAUGUGAUCUACCUAACAGACCUCAAUGGGGAUGAGACCUUCUGGAAGUCUGUCAACGGUAAGGAAGACGUCAGCAUCAGACUGAACCUUGAGGCCGAAUUCCACUUCACGCAUCUUAUCAUGAAGUUUAAGACUUUUCGGCCUGCAGCUUUGAUAAUUGAGCGCUCAGCUGAUUUUGGCCGCACGUGGCACCCCUACCGCUACUUUGCCUCCAACUGUACUAGAACUUUUCCCAGCAUCCCUGCCAACGGCUUGCAUCAAAUUAACGACAUCAUCUGUGAGCAACGCUACUCUGACAUUGAGCCCUCAAACAACGGAGAGGUCAUUUUUAAAGUGCUGGAUCCAGCGAUUCCUGUGGAAGAUCCCUACAGCUUGGACAUACAAGAACUUUUGCGCAUCACCAACCUGCGCAUCAACUUCACAAAGCUCAACACCUUGGGAGACGAUCUGUUAGACCGCCGCUCGGACGUCUUACAAAAAUACUAUUACGCCAUUAACGAGCUGGUUGUCCGAGGAAGCUGCUUUUGUUAUGGACACGCCUCAGAGUGCGCACCAGUGCCGGGAGUAAACACCCAUGAGAUUGGCAUGAUCCAUGGCCGCUGUGUUUGCAAGCAUAACACUGAAGGCCUGAACUGUGAACGCUGCAAAGAUUUCCACAACGACUCACCUUGGAGGCCGGCGGAAGCAGAGGACCCGCACACCUGCAGAGCAUGUAACUGCAAUGGCCACUCAGACCAGUGUCACUUCGAUGCGGCAGUGUAUUUGGCUACAGGCAACACCAGCGGAGGAGUUUGUGAUAACUGUCUGCACAACACAAUGCGACGCAACUGUGAGAUGUGCAAACCAUUCUACUACCAAGACCCUAACAGGGAUAUUCGAGAUCCCCGUGUCUGUGUUGCCUGUGACUGUGACCCGGUGGGAUCAUUAGAGGGAGGGGUGUGUGACAGCCACACCGACCUGGAUUUGGGGAUGAUCUCAGGACAGUGUCGCUGCAAAGCCAAUGUGAGGGGCAAGCGCUGCGAUGACUGCAAGGCGGGUUAUUACGGACUCAGUCAGAGUGACCCUCUGGGAUGCCAACCUUGUAACUGUGACCCCCGUGGCAUCAUUAUGAUGGAUGCUCCUUGCGAUCAGAUCAGUGGGGACUGCUCCUGUAAAAGAUAUGUCACGGGUCGCUACUGCAAUCAGUGUCUGCCUGAAUACUGGGGUCUCAGUAAUAACCUGGGUGGCUGCAGACCUUGUGAGUGUGACUUCGGUGGAGCGUUCAACAACAGGUGCAUGAUGGAUAGUGGCCAGUGCGACUGCAGGAGACAUCUUAUUGGUCGACAGUGUUCAGAUGUGCAGCCUGGGUAUUUCUGUGCUCCUCUCGACUAUUACAAAUAUGAGGCUGAAGAAGCUACCGGACUCUCUCCCACUGAUCCUUCGUUGCCGGGCCAGGUCCGUCCCCAGGCAGCAGACGACUGCAUUCAACAUCUCAGUAACCAGGCGAGGAGGCAUCGGCGACACAGGCGGAUUUCAAGCUCGCAGCAGUAUCAGGCAGCACUGAGACGCAUCCGACAGCUUCAGCAGACGCCGGAUGUCACCACGGUCCGCAGAGAACACGCUCCUAGCCACGUCGUCACAUGGACCGGUCCUGGUUUUGCUCGUGUCAAAGAUGGCGCCGGCUUGGUGUUCACUAUUGACAACAUCCCCUACGCCAUGGAGUACGACAUCAUGAUUCGCUACGAGCCUGAGUCCACAGAGGACUGGGAGGCUGUAGUUAGUAUCACUUCUGUUGAGCUGCCCUCAAGUCACCGAUGUGGAAACCUUCUACCAACCGAACAGCUCUUCACUGAAACCCUGCUGCACCGCAACAGAUACAUCGUUCUGUCCAGGCCGUUUUGUUUUGAGCCCAGUAAUCGUUACGUGGUAUCAAUCAGGUUCCAGAGACACGGAGUCGCUUACAGACACCUUACCGCCUUUGUCCUCAUUGACUCGCUGGUGUUAAUCCCCAAGUACACCGAGCUUCCUGGUUUCCAAGGGAGUGAUCCGGAUGCAGAGCAGCACCGAGAGGACAUGAUUCGCUACAUGUGCCUGGAUUCCUUUAUGAUCACGCCGAUGCCAGCUCUGGCUGAGAUGUGCUCCAAACUCAUCUGCAGCAUCUCAGCCCAUAUUCAUGAUGGGGCUCUGUUCUGUCAGUGUGACCCUCAGGGCUCCAUCAGCAGCGAGUGUGAUAAGGUCGGAGGUCAGUGUCGCUGUAAAGCCAACGUCAUAGGGCGGCACUGUGACCAGUGUGCCCCGGGAACCUACGGCUUCGGAGUGAGUGGCUGCACUGCCUGUAAUUGCCAUCCAGAGGGCUCUUUCAGCCACCAGUGCGACCCAGUUACAGGUCAGUGCCCUUGCAGGCAGGGAGCCACCGGGCACCAAUGCUCAGACUGCCAACCAGGCCAGUGGGGCUUCCCAAGCUGCAGCCCCUGUCAGUGUAACAGCCACGCAGACCUCUGUGAUCCCCGGACAGGGGAAUGCAGAGACUGCAGAGACAGCACAGCGGGACACCUCUGCGAACGCUGCAUGGAAGGGUUCUAUGGAAACCCAGUGCUUGGCUCAGGGGAUCACUGUCACGCCUGCCCCUGCCCUGGUAACCCCGGUUCAGACCACUUUAAUGGGCAUUCUUGUUAUACUGACUAUACCUCUGAUCAGAUCAUAUGCAACUGCAAACAAGGCUAUUCAGGUCCCCGCUGCGACCAGUGUGCCCCAGGUUACUAUGGCAACCCAGAGCAGCCUGGUGGGCAGUGUCUCCCCUGCGAGUGCAAUAACAACAUCGACCCCCAGGAUCCUGGGUCAUGUGACCCCAGGACUGGGCAGUGCCUCAGGUGUCUGUACCACACCGACGGACCGUCCUGUUCCCAGUGCAAAGCCGGGUAUUAUGGCAAUGCUUUGAUCAAGGACUGCAGACGUUGCACCUGUGUGUCUGCUGGCACGUUGGUGUCUGCCUGCAGUGAUGGACAGUGUCUCUGUGACCAUCAGACCGGAGCCUGUCCUUGCAGAGAGUCCGUGGUGGGUAAAAGCUGUGACCAGUGUGCCCCUGAGCACUGGAAUUAUGGCCAGGAUGGAGGCUGUCAAUGGUGUAACUGUGUCCAGCAAAAUUCCAUGGGGGCUCACUGCAACAUGUUCACGGGCCAGUGUCAGUGUCGCCCCGGCUUUGGAGGACAACGGUGCAACGAGUGCCAAGAUUACCACUGGGGGGACCCACAGGUGGAGUGUAAAGACUGUAACUGUCACCCACUGGGCUCACAGAUGGCCCAGUGUAAUCGAGAAACGGGGCAGUGCGAGUGCCGGGAUGGAAUGGCGGGAGCCCGGUGCGAUGAAUGUGCACGUGGCUUCACGGGCAUCUUCCCUAACUGUGUCCGUUGUCAUCAGUGCUUCCUGCUGUGGGACGACUACUUGUGCCAGAUGCGAAGGGACUUAGACCACAUCCAGUACAACAUACAGAGGAUCCUAGAAAGCGGGAUCACGCCUGGGGUUGGGAACGACCGCAUCAAGGAGCUUGAGCAGAAACUGAAACAGGUGCAGGACCUGAUUGAUGCAGGGGACACAGACAAGAUCCAUCAGCUGAUUGGACAGAGAAUGGAUGACCUCAGCACUGAGAUUCUUCUCACUAAUGAACGUCUGAAUGAAAUCGGCCAAGAUACAAACAAAACGAAAGGAGCAGAUGAGGUUUUAAAACGCACCUUGAAUGACCUGGAGAAAGAGCUGAGGGAUAUCAAUGCUACGCUGGCUUACAAACAAGGGCUGCUGGAUAACUACCUCACCUCGGGAUUUGCAGAUCAGUUUGAGAAAGUGAAGAAGUACUACCAGGAGUCACAGCUGGCCGAGGAGAAAUGCAAUACCUCAGUGUCGGGUCCUGCAAAUCCAGUCGAACAGUCCAGCCAAACUCGCGGGAUCACCGAGGAGCUGCUGGAUGCCACAAAGGCCAAGCUCCUCCAGAAUCUAACUGCUCACAACAAUUCAUUGAACAACCUGAACCAAAAUGCCCAAAACCUCAGUGAGAAGGUCCAGCAUCUCAGCCAAAAGGUGUGUGGUGGUCCUAGCAAUAUCAGCCAAAAUGGCAGUUGCUCUAAAAGCCAGUGUGGUGGAGCGGGUUGCGGUGACGACCAGGGUAACCUUCUUUGUGGUGGAGAGGGAUGCAAUGGGACAAUGAGCUCUUCUUUGACCGCGCUGAAUGACGCAAGGAACGUCACAGACAGUCUGAAGGCUGCCAUGGAGGAGCUGCAGGGGGUCACAAAGAAGCUUCAAGAUAUAGCGUCUCAGACGCAGGUUGUGAAAAUCCAGACAAUGAAUGCUCUGAAGAAAGCCCAGAAGAAGAAAGAAUCCUUUGAAAAAAGCAACAAAGAUCUUAAAGAUUUAAUUAAGAUGAUAAAAGACUUCCUCACAGAGGAGGGAGCAGAUCCUGAGAGCAUCCAGAAGGUUGCCCAGCAGGUCUUAGAGAUCAAGCUGCCGUUCAACAGGACCACUCUGGACAAAAUGACCAUGCAGAUCAAAGAGAGCAUUUACAACCUCAGCAACGUUCAGGGCAUUGUGAAUCAAACCUCGCAUCUCAUCCGCAAUGCUGAGGAGCUGCUGAAUAAGGCUAAAGAAGCAGAGAACCGAGCAGUGGGAGUGAAGGAUCUCGUGAAUAACACCAAGCAGGCUUUGAAUGUUUCUGAGACGGCCAUAGAGAAAGCAAAGGCGGCCCUGAAGGUGGCCCAAAACAACCUUAACAGCACAAGGAACGCCACUGCUGAGGUGGAAAAUGGCCUGCUGGAUCUCGAGGACAAUCAGAUGGACAUUAUGAUGCGUCUAACCAACCUGUCCAGGGAGGUGGAAGCUCUAAAGAACAAGACCGAGAUAAACAGACUCAUGGCUGAGGAUGCCCUCGCCCUGGCUAACAAUGCCACUCACCAGGCAUCCACAUUGGAGCAGAGUCUAAAUGACACAGAGAAACGGUACAGUGAGCUGCAGAUAAAGAUGGAGUCUCUUGGAGGCGAUACAGGAAAUCUCAACAGCAUCCACCAGAAGGUCAAAGAUAUGAAGAAGGAUGCAGAAGAGCUCCUAAGCAAAGCCAAUAAUGGGAUAAAUGAGCUUGACAAACUAGGGGAAAUAUUGAAGAGCAACGAGGAGCGGAUGCAGAAGCAGCGUGAGGAGCUGGAGGACUUGAAGCAAAACGCCACAGUUGUGCGAGACAUAAUCCAGGAACAAGUGAAGAAGUACAGUAGCUGCCAGUGAUGAUGUCACAAUAUUACAUAUCUCAUCUGCUGCUGUGGUGGAGGAGAGAAAUGUCUGAUGCUGUGACUGGAAACAGACAAACAUCACAAAUAACGAUGAAAAGCUGCUCAGGAGCUACCUCCAUACUAUCACUGGAUUUCAAGAUUUACAGUCUACCUGUCAAAGUGUUAUCACAAAAAUGCCUUACCCUAUUAAUGUACUGUACUGUUCUGUCUUAGUUAUCAUCUACACAGUGUGUGAUGUUUGUAUUUAAGGUAUUUCAACAAGCAAAUUACUGAUGACGGACAUUUAUUCCACUGUAUAGGCCACAAACAGUGAGUUAGUCCAAUUCACGUUUAAUAAACUUCAAAAUAUAUCAAAUAUGUUAUCAGAAAGUUAUUUUCACCAAAUGUAUCAGAAUAUAAUCUGACAGUCCCUUUCACAAAUAUGAAAAAAGCUUUGUAUGACAUUAAAUUCAAUGCUCUUUGUUUAGAAAUAUAAUAAACAUUUAUUCUUUCAUAAGA